UUAAGGACACCUUCAACACCCCAAUCCGAGCCGCGUAUCCGCUAAAGAGGACUUUGUCCACUCCUCUUGCUCUAAAGACUCUCAAAUGUGCUCCCAUCAUCGAAGCGAAGUCGCCGUUGAAGAUCACUUGGCCCUUCAAUCGAAGCACUGAGGAUCAAGAACAGGAACAGCCUAUGGAGGAUGUAGAGUCUAUUGACGUUCCCGCUGUCUUCCCUGUGAAGGAACCUAUGACCGUCGAUGCCAGAUAUGAUGAGCCGAUGGAAGAGGAGCCAACGACCGACAGGGAUGUUGUUUCGGAUGUCUGCGAGGUCCACGACGAGCAGCUGGAGUUAACGGACGAAUGUACGAAAGCACCAAGUCCACCACCGCCAUCGGACGCAGAGACAGAACAGGAACGGGAACGAGAACGGGAACAGGAACAGGAACUAGACGAGCCUGCACCCAAGAGAAUCACGCGCGGCAAAAAGGCGCGUACCGCUAGCCCCGAGGCUGACGCUGACAUUGAAAAGGUUGCACCGCCCAAGAAGACUAUUAGGGGGAGGAGAACGGCUACCCCGACAGUUGAAGCAAAGCCGACACGUUCGCGUACCCGAACAAGGACAAAUACGGAGCCGGACGACGAGAAAGAGAAGGUGAAACCUACUCGAACGCGUACCAGGACGAAAACGGAGGAAUCAGAAGACGAGGUUCCUAAGAAGACGAGAGGCCAAGCAAAAAAAGCGGCUGCUGAGGUAGAGGCGUCUCAUGACGAAGAGGAAGAGGAAGUUGAGCAUACCGAGAUUGCUCCAAAGAAAGGUCGGGGACGCCCCAAGAAGAUUGUUGAAGAGGCUACAGAAGAUGAAGGGGCUGUUGUACCGCUGAAACGAUCGACGAGGGGACGUAAGAUGACACCGGUAGUCGAGGAUAAGCCGGCGACGAGGGGGAAGAAGCCGUCAUCGAUUGUUUCAAGUUCCACCUCUGAUGUGGAGGUUGUCGGGGAGACGAAGUCUGCGCGAAAGGGGAGGAAGAAGGUGAAUAGCCAGGAGAAGGAGAAUCCACCGCUUGCUGGGGUUAAGGAGGAAGAGGAAGAUGCUGUGCCGGGUAAGGGGGCGAGGACGUGUACUAGAACUAGGACCAGAACGCGUACAACUGUACUUAUUGUGAUACUGAUUUAUUCUAUUUGCCGGGUUGCCGAGGGAUCAAUACGAGUAAAUAACACGUACGGGCCGCAAGAACUGAUAAUGGUCAACGUCCAGGGCUUGCACUUCUUUAGGCCCUACUGUUGGUUGAGUGUUUUCAGAUAAGGGUCCUAUGGUUACUUGGAUCAUCAAUGCAACCUUUUCGGAGGACAUAUUGACCCUGGCAAGCUGCUCCGUUGCUCGGACCACCUGCUACACCUUGCACUUUCUUCAGGCUCCUGGGUGUAUUGGGAAAAAUGAAACAGGAUAGAGGGUAAUUGCAUGACAAUAGUCGGUGCCAGCCGCAGUUCGCGUGCUGCAGCUCCACUGGCUAAACAAGAAGAUCGUCAUAGUUCGAUCUGAUCUGGAACAGGGAUGACGACUUGACUACCGCUUUAGUGCAUAUUCCCCAAGCAACCGCACCUUCCAUAACAACGGCGAUUUCUACAACUAGCUGGCAUUAGAGGUGUACUGUACGGUCACAUAGCAAGGCAAGGAAAGUAUUGCAGUAGAAAAAUGGUGCAGUGUUUGCCUGGAACUUUAUUUAACGUCAAAUGGGGGGGAGGGGGGGUG